AAUGUACAAUGUACUAAUUAAUUAUCCAUUUUUGUGUUAAAUUCGCCAACUUGAUAUACAGCACAGACCUGUCUGUGAUAUACAGUUAUGCUAGCAGAUCCAUCUAGCAAUUUAAAUUAUAAUUACAAAAUGAUUCAAAUUUGGGCCAUCUAUGUGAAACGUCUAUAAAAUAGGUGGUUUGUGGUUUACAUUGUAGGUUAGUUGUCAAAAUUUGAAUGUUUUUAAGGUAUACUAUUAUGAGUAAUUCAUUUUAUACAAAUUUCCGGUAUUGUUCUUUAACUCAAAUAUCGAAUAAUAAGAAAUUAAAACGAUGUAAUAUGUCAGUUAUUUUUAAAGAUAUUUCCGACAGAGUUCAAUUACAUUUGAAAGGAGAAUAUUUAUUAGCAAAUUGUGAAAUCACCAAAUAUUUGGAACUAAUUGCUAGUUGUACAUCAGUUAAAUAUAAAAUUAAAUAUGGAACAGAAAAACUGAAAUCCAUUCUAAAUAUCAUAUAUAUACGUAAUAAAAUAUUCGAAAAACAUAUGACCAAGUUUCCAAUGUCUUCAGAUUCAAAAGAUCCUUUUAAGCACCUUGGAAUUUCACAAGAUUUACAAAUGCUUGGCAAUUUUGAAGAAAAAUCGAAAUCAACUGGUUUGCCAAUAACUAAUAAUAACCAAACCUGUUCUUUUCCCAGUGAUAUGUUGACUAAUCAAAAUUUUAAAAGCAUCACAGAAGAAUUUGAUAAAUCAACAGAGAAAUCAGAAUUGAUUCGUCAAUCAAACUGUAGUGCAUUGAAACAUUGUACUAUUGGUGAAAUCGAUACAAUUGAAGAAAAUAGUUGUUUUAAAAAAAAUGAAUGCAUUUAUAGUAAUCAGCUUAUACCUCCAGAAACAGAAAUUAAUAAAUCCUAUGAAGUGACUGCAGUUGAUUUUAAUUUAGCUGAAGAAAAUAGAAGCCUGUCGAGAUUAAAUAAUGUUGAAUCAGUUUCAUUUUGUUCUUACUUGCUGCCAGGUAAUUCUAGUGAUAAUUAUAAAAAUGAUUCUCAUCUAUUAAAUAACAGUCCGAACAAUUUGCAAUUGUGCUUUAAUGUCUGUCCUGGUAAUAUAUCAGUACUUGAAGAUACCCACUCAGCUAUUUCGUACAGAGAUGCAAAUCCUAUGCAAUAUUUAUUCAAUAAUAACAAGGAUGUUUCCAUGUCUUCUAAUGGUUUGGAAAAUACUCAUAAUAAUGAUAACAAACUGUCUCCUGAAAAACAUUUCAAUCACAGUGAAGAUAUUUUCAGUUAUGAAAACUCUGUCGAAUUAACACAAAUUAAUGAGGUGGAAACUUUAGAUAGAGAACUUCAAACUGUUCAAAAAAAGGAUGGGACAAAACGCUCUUUGAUAGUUGAAACUUCACAAAAAUUUGAUUUGAAUAGUUCAAACAUAAAUAAUAAUGAAAGUAACAGUUUAAAUACAUUUGUCCCUUUAACAACCCUUCAGGACAGUUGUGAUGACCUGUGUGAGAUGAUGAGCAAGUUUUUGAAUAUUGUUGAUGAUCAAGAUAUCAAAGGAAAUGGUGCAAAAUGUGUGGGCAUUCUAAAAAGGAUCAAAAAUCCAGAUAAUGUGAAGAAAAAUGUUGAGGAGAUUGGACAAUUAGAUUUUUCAGAUGACUUCGAAAACAUAAAUCAAUCGAAUCAAGAAAUUUGUGAUUUAUUAACGAGAAUAAUCGACAGUAAUGAAUUUCUCGAACAUAAUAAAGAAGCUUUCGGUAGGUUGAAGGCGGAAGUAAUUGCAUGUUUGGAUCCUGCAGAUAUUGAUGAUUUAGAUCUAAACACUCUCUUUGACUCUAAUGCUAAAAUGAUUCAAGAUAUAUCAAAGAGUUUUCAGAAGCAGCUGGUAAUUGACUUCAGACAAUCCAACAGCCCUAGAGUUAUAUACGAUUGUUUAGAUUGGAGGAAAAUACAAAUCUGAUUAAUCUAAAUCAUACAAUAUUUAAUAUUCAUUCAAAAAGAUAAAUAGUUCAUUUUAGUUAAAUAAUUGUUCCCCUUAAAAUAUUUUUCCUUAUAUUUUAAAUCAAUUUAUAAACUUAGAAAUGAUUUUAAUAAAAUGUUGAAGUUUUUAAAUAAUUUCAAUAUAUUUUUUUGUUGAAUGAUUUGUAAAUAAAUGUAUUUGAAAUAAAGUAUGACCAUUAUAUAAAUACAAAUAAUACAUUUACUCAGAUCUGUU